UCUACCCACAGCUGUACCCACACAAGGUAGGUCUUGUUCAACGCAUCAAGGUGAUAGAAUGUGGCGUUUUCAUCACUGCUCGUGGACGGUUUUUGCAUCGCUCUUGGUGCUGAGCUACAUCGUUCCGGAAUGCUGGACAAAAUGUGUUUCAAGUAGCGAUAAAGACUCCUUCCCGCUAACGUUCAUCCACAUCAACGAUCUACAUGCGCGGUUUGAUGAAACGAACCAAAAAUCUUCCGGUUGUACCAAUCCGAAAGAAUGUAUUGCCGGUAUAGCACGCGUCUACCAUACGAUCAGGCAGCUAAAGAAAGAGUAUAAAUCGCAAAAUCCACUCUACCUCAAUGCGGGUGACAACUUCCAGGGGACGCUUUGGUACAAUUUGCUACGCUGGAACGUUACCGCACACUUCAUCAAGAAGCUUCCACCAGAUGUAAUGACCCUAGGCAACCACGAGUUUGAUCAUAGCCCGAAAGGCCUCGCACCAUAUCUGGCCGAACUUGAAAAACUGAAAAUUCCAACGGUUGUGGCUAAUCUUCAGCUGAAUGGAGAACCGGAGUUGAUAAAAUCAAAAAUUAAGUCAAGUGUUGUGCUGCACGAAUGUGGACGUAAAGUAGGAGUCAUUGGAGCGCUCUACGAUAAGACACACCUAGUGGCCCAAACGGGAAAGGUUACGCUGACAAACUCAAUCGAUGCAGUGCGCAAGGAAGCGCAAAAGUUGAAAAACGAUAAAGUGGAUAUCAUUGUGGUACUGUCGCAUUGUGGUUUGGACGGUGAUAAACAGCUGGCCGAGGAGGCUGGUGAUCUCGUCGAUGUUAUCAUUGGUGCACAUUCGCAUUCCUUGCUGCUGAACAAAGAUUCCAAAGUGCCUUACGAUAUGAAAUACGACAAAAUUGAAGGAGACUAUCCGAUUGUGGUUGAGAAGCAGAAUAAGCAUAAGGUUCUUAUUACUCAGGCACGUUCCUUUGGUAAGUAUGUUGGACGUCUGACGGUAUACUUUGACCGGAAUGGUGAGGUACAGAGCUGGGAAGGUCAUCCAAUCUAUAUGAACAACACGGUCGAACAGGACGAAGAUAUAGUGCGGGAACUGAAACCAUGGCGUGAAGAGGUAGAGCGUCUCGGAACACAAGUGAUCGGACAGAGUGACGUGUUUCUGGAUCGCGAAUCAUGCCGUUGGUGUGAGUGUACAUUAGGUGAUGUAGCUACGGAUGCAUUCGCUGAUAAGUAUUCGAACGGAACGUUCAGAGCGGUAGCAAUCAUACAGGCUGGAAACUUCCGAAAUCCAAUCAAGAAAGGAGCAAUCACAAAUGGAUUGGCGAUCGAGGCUGCUCCAUUCGGAUCAUCGGUUGACUUGAUAAAGCUAAAGGGUGAAGACCUUUGGAGCGCUAUCGAUCACUCCUUCACAUUGGAUGAUGAGUAUCGGCUUAAUACGAUGCAGGUGUCCGGCAUGACGGUGGUAGUCGAUCUGUCCAAAAAUCGUAACGAGCGUGUACAAAGCAUCCAAGUGAUUGAGGCCGACGGAACGAUGAAACCACUGGAUAAGCAAAAGUUCUACUACGUCGCUACACCGUCCUAUCUUGCCGACGGAAAGGAUGGAUUUGAAAUGAUGAAAAGAGGCACGGACCGCAUUACUGGACCGCUGGAUUCGGAUGUGCUGAUCGAGUACGUGCGGAAGCGCCAAACGAUCACGACGAGUAUGUUUGAGCAGAAGCGUAUGGUGAUAGAAAAUCAUACGAAUGGUACUUGUUCGUGGGAUUUGGAAGCGGAGAGAUAUACGCCCAAAAUCAAGUAAAAUCACCUUUUGUUUGUCACUGAAACACUGCAAUAGUUGAGCAUUUGUAUUCUGCAUUAAAAAGCCGAUCUUUAUACUUUGAUCGCUUAA